UAUAUUUUUCUUCCAGCUGACAGGCCGCGGUGUUUUCGGUGUUGUGGUUUUUUGGCGUAGCUAGGAACUUUCGAUGAAAACAAAAAUAUGGAACAGCACAAAAGUCGCCUGGCUUACACCAUCGGCAUGCUCACGCUGUUCCUUUGCGGGGCGGUGCUCUUUCUGAUCGGUUUCUUUCCGGCCUCCUAUUCAGUUGCGGAGGACCACAGCACCGUGCCGGAGGGCCGUCCCACCACAUUGCACGGAGUAGACCUGACGCCACCGCCACCUGCCUACGACUCCUUGGUACUGUUCAUGGUCGAUGCUCUGCGCGAUGAUUUUCCCAAUGCCACGUCUAUGCCGGUGGCUUAUUCCAGGGCCUGUGAAAAGCUUACGCUUCAUGUAGAUAUACCGACGGUGACAAUGCCACGUCUUAAGAGUAUUACCACCGGCACCCUUUCAAACUUUAUCGACAUAGCCUUAAAUGUCGGCCACACAGAGCAGCUGCAGGACUCCGUGCUGCACCGGUUGAAUCGGCAGAAUAGGGUUGUUUCAUUCGCCGGUGACCACACCUGGGUUAGUCUCUUCCCUAGCGAGUUUACACGACACGCCGAGAACCCUGAUUCCUUUUAUGUAAAUGAUUUUUACGAGGGCGACAGAAAUGUAACUAAAGCUCUAGAAUCCGAGUUGGAGCUCAGUGACUGGUCGCUGCUCAUUCUUCACUAUCUGGGCCUUGAUCACAUUGGUCAUGUUGAAGGUAAUACUAGUCCUAGGGUGCCCUUAAAGCUUAAGGAAAUGGACGAGGCAAUGCAAAAAAUAUUGGAUCACAAGAGUUUUCCCAACAAAUUACUCAUGCUAACUGGAGAUCACGGCAUGGCUGAUGGUGGAGGACAUGGAGGCAAUACGCCAGCCGAAACUCUAGUGCCCCUAUAUCUGUAUUCAAAUAAUUGCAGCAAGACCACAUCUGUCACAAAACAGUACAACCAAAUCGACUUGGCACCCACUCUAUCAGUACUUCUAUCUGUUGAGAUACCUACUCUUUCCAUUGGAUGUCUGAUACCCGAAAUGCUGCAGUCGUUGUCCUUGGAGCACCAAAUGUACGCCUACUUCUACAAUGCGCAUCAUUUGCUCAACAAGGCACGUGUAAAGUUCGGUCACGAUAGGGUCCAUCGAAGUGAUUACUACACCUGGUAUCAGAAUGCCACGUUGUUGCACAAGAAGCUUUUGCAUCCUUUACGAGAGGGUGAUGGAGGUGGAGCAAGCCAAGUUUAUUAUCAGAAUGCAAAGCUUAAUUAUAUGCGGGUCGCCCGCGAGAUUUCCGGGCUGCUCUCGGAAUCUCUGGUGAAGUUUGACUACGGAUUCAUAGCCCUAGGAUUAGCACUAACAAUAUCUACAUCUCUCCAUAUUGUGAUCAGCGUCUUGUACUUAGAUCUUACCGAACAGCUCAAGCUUGACGUCUUUAAAUGGGGGCAACUUCUGUUUUCUGUGAUUUCCGCUAUUCUCCUAAAUGUGACCAGCCAUGCGUUAGAUAUUAUCCUGACCAGUUCGUUGUUCCAGAGCAUUCUACUUAUAGUACCCAUAUGCAUGGCUGUUUAUCUUACAAUCGAUGUAGCGCAGGCGCUUCUCAAGAUUGCAUUGCCUCCAAUAUACACACGUCGCCUGAAGAUCUCCAUUCCAUUGCCUCUACCUCUGCUAGUUUGUUUUGCUGUUCGCACAUUAACUCUUGGUUCCUCCUCGUUCAUUGAGUUCGAGUACAAGACCUGGUAUUAUCUGGGUAAUACCCUUAUCCUACUGACGGCAUUCCGGACACUACGACGGCGCAUCACCAAAACCAACGUAGAAUUGGAUGGCCGCCAUCUAUACACCAUAGCAUCAACGUGCUUGUGGCAAAUGCGAAAAGUUUUUGUAAUGCUUAUGUUGCUUACACUGAUGCGCUACAUCCACAGGCUGCAGGCUAUCCGGAGCACCAUCAUGAUAUUCUCCCUAUUGUUGCUUUGGGCGCGACUGCACCGGUACAGUCAGCUGCCGCAAUCGGUGGCUAGUGGAGCAGCAUUGUUCAUGGUUUACUGCUUUCGCGGUCUAAACGGCCAAGUGCACUUCCCCGACGUGCCUCCGUAUAUGGCUGCAAAGCUUAUGGUGCCCACUCUGGUAGUAUUUUGGUGUUGUUUGGCACUGGUUUUGGUUUUAGGCUAUCGAGCGGCGCUUCCUCAAACGCAAACCUUUGGAGACUUGCCGCCCACAAGUAUUUUGCUGCAACUUCUCCAGACUAACCUUAGCAGUUCUCUGCUGCUAGCUGCUCUUCUGCAAAAGGUGCAAAAUAUCCUACUGCUACCUGUACUUCUCGUGGCCCUGCAGCAAACCUACAAACUAUGCGAUGUUUUCGGAACUAGCGCUCGAAAGUUCUCUGUUCGUUUGGUACACGUGUACAAGAUCAUUAUGACCAUAUUUCUGGCCAGGAUGUUCUUCUUCUACCAAGGUAACUCGAACAGCUUGUCCACCAUUGACCUUACGCCGGGAUACAUUGGACAAACUAGCUACAACCCAUCCAUCGUAGCACUCUUCGUUACUCUCAACACUUAUAGUGCGGAGAUUCAUGCAUUCCUCUACUUAAUUGUACAUACGCUGCGAUCGGAUCUGCGCAGUGUUGGAAUAAUGCAGCUGCAGCCGCCUUACUCCAUAGCCGCGGAUUCGUUGAUAGCUCCGCUUUAUGCCGCACUGAUCAUGCUACCCGCGGCCUUCUACCUCUGCUUGUUGGUCGGCUUUCGUUACCACCUCUUCAUCUAUUCCGUCUUUUCCCCAAAAGUUCUCUACGACUGUUACACUGUACUGGUGUUCUAUUUAGUAUUUUUAGUAACAAGUUUGUACUUUAAAUUGUUUAAAAAUGACGCUUAAAU